ACCAAUAUUCUUGCAAAUUUAUUCAAACUGAUCGAGUUCUGAGAAAAUAUUCUUUAUCUGAGAAAGAGAGCGACACAGAGACAGAAAAAAAUGGCAACUGGGAUUUUGGAAGUCGAAUUGAUUGAUGCAAAAGGCCUUGGAGGCACCGAUAUCAUUGGCGACAUCGAUCCCUAUGUUCUGAUUCAAUACAAAGGCCAAGAGCACAAAAGCACCGUGGCCAAAGGAGAUAACCCUGUUUGGAACGAGAAAUUCUUGUUCAAUGCACAGUAUCCAGUGACAGGCGAUGGCUACAAGAUUAUCCUCAAAGUCUGGGACAAGGACACCUUAUCUUCUGAUGAUUAUAUUGGCCAGGCUACGAUAUACAUAAAGGAUUUAUUGGCACAAGGAGUGGAGAGUGGAACAGCCCAAUUACCUCCUAACAAAUACAGUGUUGUUGGGGAAGACCUAACUUAUCUUGGAGAGGUUGAAGUUGGUGUAAUUUUUACCCGGAAGGAUGGAGAGGUUCAUCUUAAUGAUAGACAGUUUGGAGGAUGGAGGCAAAGCGGUUUUAGCUAAAUUUCAUAUAUAAUACCAAUUCCAGAGACCCAACAAAGAAAUUCCAUGAAAUUUGGUCAAGAGAGAGUUGGUAAUUUGUAGAAGUAUUAACUCCUUGUAAUGUAUUUUUAUUUUUUUAUUUUAUUUUUUGUUUUUUUUGUGUCAAUUGGUUGUAAUGUAGUGUGCAAUGCUUAUUUCGUUUGUUUAUGAGUUGGAUCAUCAAUUAGAGUAUGCAAAAAUAAAAAUCUCAAGUUGGUUGAAUCAAUAUUAAAGCAAUGUUUUGCUCUCUUU